UUUAUGUAGAAAAGAAUGAGAUAUGGAAAAAUAGAUAACAACGAUCAACGGCAAAACUCAAUAAAAGUAGAAACUAAGAAAACCCGAGAAACAUCGGGAAAACUCUUAAUACAUCAGCAAAAAUUUUACAUCGCUGUAUAUUUAGAGUCAUAGUGUCUCCUUCAUUACGUGACAAAUAAGCACUGCUCAAUUCCUUGUUUUCUUCCGUAUUUAUUGUGUGGCAUAAUGGAUUUUUUAAGUCUGCCUGUCGUUGUGGUAGAAAAAAUAUUAACAUAUUUAUCGUACGAUGAAGUUUCUAAGUACAGAAUGGUGUCCAAAGGUUUCAAUGACAUAUGCAUGAGAAUGUUAAAUCGUGGAUUCCUCAUGAUAGAGCGGCGACAUGCGUUAGCCUUAAAAGGUGUAAAAGCACAACUACCUCGUAGAGAAUCUGAGCGCAGAUAUCAUCCUUUGGCCAGGCACUGUGAUAUUUUGACAUCAAUUGAAACAAGAAUAUCUAUGCUGAACAUGACUUAUUCAAAAUUUAUGGAUUGUGGUAUUUGCUGCUUUAUACCAGGAAAGGUGAUAGACGAAAUUCGUCGUGUUCUCAGUUUAGUUGAGACAUCGAAAACUCCACCUCGUGCGCAUGAAGUGUUACAAGAGUUGCGAGAUAUUUCUAGUAUGGCUAUCGAGCAUUUUGAUGAUAAAGUAUCGCCUGACUUACGUAAAAAGCUACACAAGGCAGUCCCCAUUCCAGAACCCAGGCCAUCUCAGGCUGCCUUACUGCCAUUAGCACUUCGCCAAGAGAUGUUGGAUUUGCGCCGUCGUUCUGUAUUGAGCGCGAAACUCUCUUUAAAUAUAGCGGCGCAGUACAAAAAGUUUUAUAAACGGAUCGUAGAAUACAAGCAAAUUGCCUGGAGGCAAAGGAAGAUCAUUCGGGAUUUAAAGAAGCGGCAGAGAGAUCAGGACGCUUGUAUGGCUGACUUGAAAAAACGGAUUGAAGAAUGCGAUAUAAAGUACAGCAAGCUCACACACACUGACCAGAAUGUCGGAGGGACUGUUAUUGCUGGUAACAGAAUAUUUACAUCAGCGAAUGACAGUUCAGAAAGUGUGGCUCCUCUACGUCAUUUCGGUAGUCAGAUUAAAUUGGAUCUGUCAGUUUUGCCGAUUGGGACUAACAAACGAAACUCUAAUAAAUUGUUGCCAAACAUAAAGCCGCGAAAACCUCAAAUAAGAUUGCCAAGUUUAUCUGAAGAUGUUGAAAUGGAGUCAAAUCCAGUACCUUCAACGUCAAAUCAGACUCCUCGCCAAAAAACCCAAUGUACUAUGGCCAAAAUACGGGGAAUCACCAAUGAGAUUCGACAAUUGAGUAAUCUGUCAAAAACUAUAGAGGGAAAGCUAAAACGUCCGCGUGUAUCAAAUUCGGAAGACUUGGAAAAUAAAAAACAAAAGUUGCAAUAGUCUGUUGUUUGUGUUAUCUGUGGAUGUGUUUGUAUAUUGCCAUGUCUGUAAAAGCUUUUGUCUAUGCUCAUAAGUUACAAAUAGAUUCUUAUUAUAGAUUAUUUAAAGAAAAUUCGAAAAAAGAACGAUUAUUAAAAUCGGUUUUGAUCGUUUUUAUUUGUGCAAUCGAAACGCUUUGCAAUACUUUUGCAAAGUUUAAUCGUUUUAGAUGGACAUAUACAUUGAAUAUAGGUAUUACUAGUUAAUUAAUGUAUGUUCUAUCAGUUAUAACAAUAAAAAAGCUAAAUAUAAAAAAGCCUGGUUGUCUUUAUCUCUUUAUUU